UUUGCCUCACGCAUUCAAAGAACCUUUACCCUAUACGUUUAGAAAGGCUUGUAAAGCAGCAUAAUAAAUACUGAGGAUUUAAACUCCUGAGGUGAAUUUAAAGGAGUACAAGUGCAUGUUUUCAGGUUGUGUAUGAAGAUGCAUCAUUCAGUCUGUGUCAGUUUGCUGACACUGUUAUGCGCAUUGCUUGGGGCAGACGGUGGUAAAGUGUUGGUGUGUCCACUAGACGGAAGCCACUGGGUGAACAUGAAGGUCCUUAUUGAGGAACUGUAUAGCAGAGGACACAAUGUAACAGUGUUGAGACCUUCAAACAGCUGGUAUAUCAAGACAGAGUCACCUUUCUACAAUUCUCUCACCAUUCCAAACACAGGAGGGUUCGAUGAGGAGUUUUUAAAUUCGUUGAUCGGCCAGCUCUUAAAAAUCAAAAGAGAUGGGAAUUCUUUUUGGCACCAAAUUCAACUGGAGUACGAAAUUAUCAUUAAAUUUAAAAGCGUGUAUGAAGACAUGGUUCAUAUGAUUGAGAGAAUGUUUGAAGAUGAAGCCAUGAUGACAUUAAUCAGGGAUGCAAAAUUUGAUGUGGUUUUGUCAGACCCGGCUGCUGGAAGUGGCUCAAUACUGGCUCACAAAUUUAACAUUCCUCUGGUUUUUAACGUUCGGUGGACGAUUGCCGGAGAGGGGCAUUUUGCCAUUGCUCCUUCACCUUUAUCUUACGUUCCUAUACCAGGAGCGAAGUUAACCGAUAGGAUGUCAUUUAUCCAACGGGUCAAGAAUGUUUUGACUUACAUUUUUACCGUGAUUCAGUUUGCAAUAGUGUCCAAACCCUGCUACAAUUCCUUCUGUAGCAGACAUUUUGGUCCUGAUGUUGAUAUCAUCUCCCUACUACAGAAUGCAGAUAUCUGGCUCAUGAGAAAUGACUUUACUUUUGAGUUUCCAAGACCAACAAUGCCAAAUAUCAUCUAUAUGGGCGGCUUUCAAUGCAAACCUGCAAAGCCACUUCCAGCUGAUCUUGAGGAAUUUGUGCAGAGCUCUGGAGAGCAUGGAGUCAUCAUCAUGUCUUUGGGCACCCUUAUUGCUCAUCUUCCACAGGACGUCACCAAUGAGAUCGCUGUGGCUUUUUCUCAACUUCCUCAAAAAGUUAUUUGGAGAUACACAGGACCACGACCUGAAACUCUUGGAAACAACACAUUACUUGUGGAUUGGCUCCCUCAAAAUGACCUGCUUGGACAUCCCAAGACUAAAGUAUUUGUGGCACAUGGUGGCACCAAUGGAAUUCAAGAAGCCAUUUACCAUGGGGUGCCUAUUUUGGGUCUCCCUUUAGUGUUUGAUCAACCUGACAAUCUGUUCAGAAUGGAAGCAAAGGGUACAGCAAAAGUUGUAGAUAUUGCAACUCUGGACAGGACUGUAUUUCUAGAAGGAUUAAAAGAGGUCUUGUAUAAUUCAUCUUAUAGAGAAAACAUGCAGAGACUGUCCAGACUUCACCAUGAUCAGCCAAUGAAACCUCUUGAUCGUGCUGUUUUCUGGAUUGAGUUUGUCAUGAGGAACGGUGGGGCUCCUCAUUUACGAACGCAGUCUUUCAGAAUGUCCUGGAUCGCUUACCACUCCAUAGAUGUUAUUUUGACUUUAAUGGUGGCAGUUUUCAUUUUUGUAUUUUUUGCAAUAUAUGCAUUAAGGUUUCUUUUGAGAGUUUUAUUCAGAAAGAAAGUAAAACAUGAGUGAUGGAAAUACGAACUGGAAAUAAAAUAUGUAGAUCGUCUGAGAUGAACAUAAUGUUUUUGGAAUUUUUGUACACAAAUCUAGAAAUCCAAACAAUAGCAUUAAAAUUAUAAUUUAAAUCAAAUUUUGUCUCGUCAGGUGUUUUACUGAAUCUUAUACUCACUGUUUAGAGCUGAACCACUGGUGUUACACUUACAAAUGAUUGUUGUUGGUUGGUAAAUAUUAGCCACAGUAAUUGCUAAUCACAGUAAUCUUUAUCAGCGUGUAGCGUUUACUAUCUAACAAAGUCCUUUAAACAUCAUAAAGUCAAGGCAAAAGGUUAUAGGCACAAGAUACAUUAUCACUCCAGGCUGUCAUGCAU